UCUAAAAUGUUUGUCUCUCUGUGUUCAGCAGACCUGUCAUUUUAUAAAACAGGUAAAAACAGCAUGUUUCGCUGUUGUCAGGUUUUUUGGAAAGUUGCAUAAACAGAUAUUCAUUAAACUGUAUUGAAAGGCCAGAACGAAAGAAGGCGGAUAAUAUCGGAAUAAAUAAAAAUCGAUAUAUAUUUAAUAAAAACGAGAGAACGUACAAUCGCGCGCACGCACGCGCGCCCUAAAAUGCCAUGGCAACCGAACGAUGACCCGACCGAGGGUAUUUAAGGUCAGCGCACUUUCUGAACGUUCCCUUUGCACUUUGACUUGAACACGAAUUUUAAACCUCUUGUAAAAUCAAACUGCUCAGAACCAAAUCUGUGAGUUUUUGACUGCUGGUCGAGAUCUACUGGAUACAAAUAUUGUUGGAGAAGUGAACUGCUAGAAAACACCUUUAGUGGAGCACAGAAGAGGCUGAAAAAGGCCCUCCGGCCGCGGAGCAUCGAGGACGCCCACCGGCUGAAGGAAGUUUGCUGCGAUUGGACCCUUCGGUGUGCAACUUGUGUUACCUGCAUCAUGGAGUGUCCCACACAACACUGGCCCCUCGCCGAUGACCACGGCGUUCUCCCCAACUCCUCGGAUGAGGUAAGUGAGCUUGACAUUUAUGCUAUGGUUGAAGUUGAGUUUCUUCCCCAGGCCUUUUCAGGUGACAACAAAGAGGAGGAAGAGGAUGAAGAGGAGGAUGAAGAGGAGGAGGAUGAUGACGAGUCCAACGGAUGGAGCGACGGAGGGAUGGACUGGGAGGAAGAGGAGGAGGAGGAAGAUGAUGACGAGUCCAACGGAUGGAGCGACGGAGGGAUAGACUGGGAGGAAGAGGAGGAAGACCAUGAAGAGGACCCUCUCACUCAGACGUGGCCACCUCAGAGCUUCAUGACGGAGUUGCGCCGAGUGCUGUCUCACCCCCUCCCCUCUGAUGUGGAACGUCCUGCUUCUGUGGGUAAGUUGUUUCCCAGGGCCUUUUCUGACGAGGAAGAUGACGAAGACCAUGAAGAUGACCCUCUCACUCAGACGUGGCCACCUCAGAGCUUCAUGACGGAGUUGCGUGGAACGUUCGGAUUCUGUGGGUAA